AUGUCCGUUCGAAUUUAUUAUCAGCAAGGUGGCGAGCAGAGGGACUGGGAUAUGGCCAGGGUCCACGACGGCGUAAAUAUACUGAUUUUCAAUACUAGUAGGAAAAAACUUGUGUUCGUCAGGCAAUUCCGUCCAACGCAUUUCUAUACGACUCUUUCGGAAACAGGCCUGACCUUGGAAAACUGCACUGGCAUCAUGGACAAGGAUAAGUCUUUAGUCGAGAUUGCAAGAGACGAACUCAAGGAAGAAUGCGGUUACGAAGCACCGGCAGAGACCAUUAAACUUAUUAAUACUUUUGGAUGUGUUAAUGUUAUGGUUCCGCAU